UUUAAAGUUGACGUCACAUAAAGGUAUUCAAAACAAACUAGGUAGAUCUCAAUAUUGUAUUCCUCGUCGGAUUUAUUUUAGAGAAUUUUCAUAUACUGAACAAUCUACAAAUUUUGCACAAUGGCAACAGCAAAUUUGAAGGAAUGUGAAAAUAUAUGCAUGGAAUUGUUACAUUGCACACAGUGUGAAAAACGGUAUGAUCAAAGCUUACAUCAACCGAGAAUUUUACCUUGUUUGCAUCAAUCGAAUUCUUUCAAAUGCAUCGUGUGCCAAAAAUCAGUCGACAUUCAAGAUACAUUUGAAUCAUCGAAGGAUAAAUUUCCAAUCGACUUCACCAUAAGAGAUCGAAUAGAAUUUUUACAUACUUUUAAUCAAAACAAAAGUAGUAUAUGCGACUUCUGUGACGAUUCGAAAAAGGCCACAUAUAGAUGUAAAGACUGCGAAAGCUACAUAUGCGAAACAUGUAUUAGAUUUCACAAUAAAAGCAGUAAAUUCAAGAAUCAUGUGACUUGUAAUCUGUCGGAAGCAAGUGAUGUUUCUGAAUUUUCUCAUGAGGUAUUUUGUACCAAGGAUGGCCAUGAAAACAGACCACUUGAAAUAUUUUGCACUGGGGACGGUUGCAGAAGACCUGUGUGUAAUAUGUGCUUCGUUAUAGAUCAUUCUGAUUCAGGAGACCAUCAAGCGAAGGAUAUCAAAGAUGUUUUUAAUGGGGAAUUGGAUAGAAUAUUUGAUAAAUAUAAAGAAACUGAGGAAUUAUGGCAUGGAAUAAGUGAGGUGCGACAAAGAAUCAAAGACGAGAUGUUUGCCAUAAAGUAUAAAAAGGAAACAGAACAGGACAAAUUGAACGAAUUUUUUAGCCUCUGUCAGAAAUUACUUGAAUCAAGACAAAAAAUGUUAACGCAAGAAUUAGACACCGAGACUGAGUUAAAGUGUAAAGCUCUUGCUUUACAAGAAGAAGAACUCGACAGUUUUCAGAAUAAAAUUUUGACAUCAAAAGUCUUUUUACAGCAAUCUUCAUUGUCAAAGAAUGCACCUGCCUUUUUGGCAUCAGUCUCUUCUGUCGACAAACAGUUGGACGAAAUUAAAGAAACAGAAAUUGCCAGACAACCUACGCAUAUUGCAAACAUGAAAUUUAUCGACGACAUAGAACAGUCAGAACAUAUUUUUGAACAUUUAGGAUUACUUCUGAUAUCAACAGCAGUUCCAUAUACAUCUGAAAUAGAAAAUCCGAAAAUCAUGUACGCAAAAACAGAUGGUAUAUUUGAAGUUCGCCUGAAAGAUAAUCAAGGUAGGCCAGUGAAGGAUCAAAGUAUUCACAUGGAGAUAAUAUUUUUGAACGAAAACUCUGGCCAGGAGUCUACAUUUCCGUUCACUCUGUCUGGUGCUAAUGGUUGUUUUGAAGCCAAAUGCGCAAUAAACAGUCCAGGGACAUAUCAUGCUAAUGUCGUAAUAAAUGGGACAACAUUCUUUAAGUUGGAUACGAUUUCUUGUUUAGAACAUGAUCCAGUAGAAAAUAGUUCAGAUUUUGUGUCUGAGAAACAAAUAGAAAAGGAAAUAUCUGAAAAUCUAAACGUGAAAGGAUGUAAGGAUCUUCAAGGAGAGAAAAAGGAAAUUAGUAGAUAUUCAUUUAAUGUUAAACCUAACAAUGAUACAACUGAGAAGAAUAAAAAAUGUAAUCCUAUAAUAAAGAAAGACAAAGUAGAAGAGAAUAAAGAAACAGGGACAGGGAUAUCGCAGAGCAUUGAAGAACCUGUAUUUGAAACAUUUGAUCACAGAUGUGGCAGGCGUUUCCAAUGCAUGUAUAAGAAUGGAAUGCGAUUCUACUUUGAUGACUGGGGAUCUAAGGAAUGGCAACCAUUUCCAACAAAUUGGUACCAACAGGGUCUGUUGACUACUAACACUCCUGUCAAAAGCACCGACAUUGAAAUAUCUGAACAUCUAAAAGUCAGUGGAUGUAAGGACCUUCAAAAAGAAGAAACUGGCAUCAGUAAAGAUUCCUCAAAAGUUAAGCCUAACAAGGACAAAAAUGAAAAAAGUACUCCUCAAAAAAAGAAAUACCAAUUUGAAAAGAAAAAAACUGCAGGGACAGAAGGAUUGCAAGGACAAAAAGAAAUCAUAUUUGAGACAUUUUACCACAGAUGUGGCAGAGAGUUCCAAUGCAUGUAUUUAAAUGGUAUGCGAUUUUACCUUGAUGAUUGGGGAUCUAAGGAAUGGCAACCAUUUCCAAAGAGGUGGUACCAAGAGGGUCUGUUGAUCACAAACUCUGUUGUCAAGGAUGCCGAAAAUGAACCACAAACAAAAAGUACAGAGUCUGCAGACAAAGAUGAUAGAGAAGGAGUAAUGAAACAUCCUAAAAAAGGGAAAAUUCCAACAUAUAUAUUCCAGAGAAAACACAACAUCCAUUGUUUUUAUGACCAUGAUAACGGUGAAAGGAUGAGAAUGCCGAUUGGUUAUGAGUUACACCAUGAACAGAUUAUUAAAUUAUUGGAUCAGGUUGAGAAAGCUUUGCCAGGUUGGAAUGACCGAAACGACAUACUGGCUAUGUUACGUCAGUGUAAUUACGAUGCUGAUGAAUGUAUACGUACCUACAUACAUUUAGAAGAAGAUGAGUGGAUGAGAUAUACUAAAAUCAGUAAAAAGGGAGCAGAUACCAAAGUUAAAAAUGAAAAAUGACUUAUAGGAAGCAGUGGAAACAUUGAGUUGAAAGCAAGACGAUAUGAACUCAUCUCUUCAAGUAGAAGUAAAGCAGGUUAAAAAACAUCUUCUUAUACCUAAAGCUGUGACGUCAGUUUUACAUAUAGAAAAUGAAAUUUACAGCAUCAAAGACACAGUUAUAGUAUUGCUAGUAACUAUGUUAACAUAUACAUGUAUACCAAAAUUGAUUUUGUAUUGACUAACUAAAUUUUGUCAGGUUGAACAAUUUAUUUGAAACGGAUCAAAAAACUGUUUUCUCAAAUAUUUGAAAGGAUAUAUUCCAAAUUAUUUCACUUACAUUUUCUUAGUUGAUAAUCUGCAUUAGUAUUGUACGAGAAAAAGUAAAAGCAUUAAUUUAAUAAACUUAAAAAAAGGUAAGAACUUUUUUUUUUAUAAAACUGUGACGUGUCCCUCACCAAUAUGACAACGAUAGCCUAAGCUUUCAUCAAAUUAUUUUAUUUUCAUCAUAUAGAUUACUUUGAAAGCUAGAAAUUACAUAAGUUUUGAAAUUGAAAAAUAUUUUGAUACAUAAAAGAAUUAAAUAAUUCAAUUAUUUCCAUAUAAUUUUUUUUUCUCAGGAUGCCGUUUUGACGUCUUAGAUAUGACAGUUAGAGACAUAUUUUAUUGUUACUAAAGUUGAUACGUGAGAAUUUGUAAAUUUAUAUUUUGCAAAGUUUCACCUUCGUAUUUCCAAUAUUUUCCAAAUUCUUUCAUCAUGAUGCAUGAUAUUUUAAGUUAUGGUAUCAUGAAAAUUUUAUAACAAGUUGAGUAGCAAACGUCGCAUACUCUCAUGAAAUCUAGAAAAUCAACACUGUACACAUGAUACUCGUUUGUUUUAUACACAUGUAUGUUCAUAAUUUUGAAGAACAAAACAAAUUCGUGCAGGUUAUUACCAUAUCAUAAUUUUGAGAAUAAGUUCUUGGUUACAAGAGCGCAAUUAUUCGAUUGCAUUUUCCAAAGGGUACCCGUGGUGUUCCAUCUUUUAUGUCCUGAAGACAGCACAAACUAGAACAAAUGGGUAGCAGUUCCUGUUACCAGAACUGUCAGCGUUGUAUGAAAGCCAAAAUAAAAAUAUAUAUGGGGAUGUGGCAAAGUUGACUUGAAAUGCAGUUGAAAAAGAACGUCUAUUUUUUCGUUCAAUGGACAAGGCAAUUUUUUUUAUGGCUCAUACGUACAAAAAUGGAAUAUAUUUUCUGCACUUUGUAAAAUAUUACUUUCAUUUUUUAAUCCAAAAUGGAUAAACUUUAAAAGUAAUGUCAACUGCACAAGAUUUUAUUCUGAGUACCAUCUUGGGUUAGAAAUCUUGCCGGUUAAUUGUAAACGAAUGAUGCGCUCUUGUAACCUAUAGUCUAUUUAAGUUCAUUUUGCAUAAACUGCCAUUUUGUUUGUUGUAAUUGUUUUCUAAAUGACGCAGUUAUGUUAAUGUUCAUAAAUUACUCUGAGCAGAUAUGUUUCCCUUUUUUAUGUUACAAUGUUUUAAGCUAAUAUUGACAAGGACUACAUGAAUCACGACAGAGUUGGUACGUUCUGCAUAUCUUAUCAUUCAUAAAAUCACAUAUGUAUUGUACUCUCAUUACUUAGAAUACCAUGCAUUAGCAAACUUUCCCAUUUAUUAAAUAGUUAUUUAUCUUAGUUUGAAAUAAAUUAAGGAACGAG